AAAAUAGGUACACGGAGGAAACAGAAGAAGAUGGUAACUAAGCUCCAAAGGAGAACACCAGGGCUCAGAAAGCUUCACCUUCUCCGAGCUCGAAACGGGUCCAAAUCUGUGAAAAGGAGCUCCAUCAUCUUAGAUGCUCUUCUAUACAUUCAGAAGCUGAAACUCAAGCUGCAAGAACUCCAAAGAGAACACCUAAACCUACUAGCAAUUAAAAAUAAAUACUUAUGCCUUAUGAAACAUGACCAAAUUCCUAAGGAGGUGAAGGUAGAGAAGACUGGAGAAGGGUUUCUGGUGAGGGUGAUUUGUAAGAAAGAGGGACAUAUGUUGGUGUCAAUAUUAGAGGCCUUCGAUGAAAUGGGUCUUAAUGUUGUUCAAGCUAGAGUUUCAUGCAACAAUUUCUUUGCAAUGGAAGCCAUUACUGUAGCUCAAGACCCGCAAGGCACUGAUGUAAAAAAUGUGACUCAAGCUGUACUUAAGGCCUUAGAGAGGGAAGGUGGGUAGGGGGUGCUGUAAUUGAAGUUGUGGAGGUUUCCUUUCUGAAUCCAACUAAGCUAUUUGUUAGAGAUGUUAAUUGAGUUUCUUAAAUGACGCAGGUUCUCAUUUUCAUUUUAACACCUCUCUUGAGGGCAUUUUGACAAAACCUGAGAUUCACGUGUGUAACUAAUUAAUAUCCAUCUUCUUU